AUGGCUAUUGUAACUUAAUCGACUGACAACUCUUCUACAUCGCCCCAUGGCUUUGUUCCUUAGUCAAAGGAAAAAGAAUCUGAUACCUUCAAUCUCAGUUGGAAGGCCUUAUUAAGAAAAAAAAAUUAGACUAAACGUCCCAUUUUCAAAACUGCUCCAAGACUAACAGAAUCAAAAAAGUCGAAGAAUGUCCCUAAAAAUGUUUCCAAAGCCAUUAUUCAGUAAAUUCUGAAUAAAAAUGUCAUGAAUCAGAUAACGGAUCAAGACGAGUUCCUCAAAUUCAUUAUUAGACAUAAAAAAAUCUAAAAUCUAGCUAAUCUCAUCAAAAUAACAAGACCUCAUAAAGUAGAAAAACUAAAUAAAUUGUAGAAAUAAUUUAGAUAGAUCUGUUGGAAUUUUCUAAAAAAGGAGUACAUACCUUACGUGUUCAAUUCCAAAAUCAAAAACCCUGAAGGUCAUUUAAAAUAUAGAAUUCAGUUUAUGAAAGUAUUUGCCUAAUAAUAAUGA